UACAUAUUGUAGUAUCAAAUUGCUUGCCAACACUGCUUUUACACCAACGACAAAAUGCCCAGCAUCGAAGUCCUCCCCGCAUCCGGGUCCGCAUCCGCCCCUGGAUGGGCCUACGUCCCCGACACCGGCUACGACCCCUCCAAAGUCCCCAUCAACCCCUCCGGCGCCCGCAAACGCGCCGCGCGGAACGUCCCGACCGCCUCCACCGGCGUACUCAACUCCCGCCAGCAGCUGGCCAUCCAGCGACGGAUCGCCGAGCUCGAUCGCGACAAUCCGACGAACGUCCAUAUCCCCGUUCCGAUCGUCCACUCAAGAAGAGCGAAACCGAAAACCACGCCCGCUGUCAAGAAAAUCCUCCAGUCGCAGAAGACCUUCGCCAACCAUCUGAGUGACGAGGAGGCCCUUCUCAACCUCCAGCAGUCAUCAUCCAAUCUACGCGCUGCUCUUCCGAGCACCAGAGGCAAGCGGUCCUCGCUCGCCAAAGUCUCCGUCCCCCCAACCCCCACCCCCCCUUCCGCCUCGACCCCCCAACCAACCCCAUCAUCUGCCGCCCCCGAGUCCUCCGCGUCCGCACCCAAACCCUCCGCGGCGCCCGGCCCCAACGCCACGGACCUCGAUCGGGAACCGCUCCUCGCCGUGUCCGCGCCUCAAAUGCCCUCCGCAGACGAUCUCGAAGCGCUGUUGGCCGAGCCGCCACUGUCGUAUCUGGCGGCGCGGGCGGCGGCUCCGGGGCAGGGUGCGCCGCCGCAGCGGUUCUUCUGCGAGUACUGUGGGUAUUGGGGAAGGGUGAAGUGCUUGCGGUGCGGGGGGCGGACAUGCGGGUUAGAGUGUAAGACGGUGCACGAUGAGACUUGUUUGCGGACCUACGCGUGAAUUAGGGAGUUGGCAUGCUGGCGCAAUGGUUAUAAUUCAAAUGAUACCCCGGCGAAUUUUCUUGAUGGGAUUUACAUGGGGGACAUGUGCUAAUACUGGACGAUGACAAGAAUCGGAAAUAAAUGACAGCGCACAAGAGCUGA